AUGGCACCACGGGUGUGGCUCAUCACUGGCUGCUCGUCCGGCUUUGGAGACGCAUUUGCUCGUGAGCUUCUGGGGAGAGGCGAGAAGGUCAUCGCAACAGCACGAAAUAUUCAAAGCAUCGCAGCAUUAGCCGAUGCGGGAGCACAGACGUUCGCACUGGAUGUCACUGCACCUGUGGAUGAAAUAAAUGGGUUUGUGCAGGGAGCGCUCGGGGUCUAUGGUCGAAUUGAUGUCCUGCUGAGCAAUGCCGGUUUUGUUCACACAGGAGGGGUAGAAGAAACGAAGAUUGAGGAAGACGAGAGUGUUUUCAGGACGAAUGUCUUUGGGCCUUUGAACCUUGCUCGCGCAGUUCUUCCAUCCAUGCGUUCCCACCGAUCGGGAAGUAUAGUGUUCGUUUCCUCAAUGGCUGCUUGGGUUGGCUCUGCAGCACUGGGGACCUAUGCUGCAUCUAAAGCAGCAUUAUCAAUAUAUGCGGAAGCACUUCGGGAUGAAGUUGCAGAAUUUGGAAUUCAAGUCAGCGCCCUUGAGCCCGGAGCCUUCCGCUCAGAUCUUCUUGGCUCAAAGAACAUGAAAGGGCCUUCUCGUCGCAUCAAGGACUAUGAAGGAUCCAAAAUUCGUACAAAAGAAUCUCAGAUUGGACAACUUGACCAGACUCAACCUGGGGAUGUGCACAAGGGGGCAAAGGUGAUGGUGGAUAUUAUCCUUGGAACUGGGGUUGCUCAAGGGAAGAAUCUUCCAGGAAGACUCAUUAUUGGAAGUGAUGCAUAUGAAUUGAUCAAGUCUGUAUGUGAGAACCAUGCUGAAAUAUUUGACCACUGGAAAUCUAUCAUAACCCAGACAGACCACCAGUGA